CAUUAAUACUUAAUUGAACACUUAAUUUAGGCCAUUAACAUGUAGAAUAUGCUCUAAAAAAAGUAUUUUAAAAACCUGCAAUGUUGUAAAGCCGCAAUAUUUGAAGCGCAAAUUAACGAGGGAUGACUGUAAAACUGAGAAGCAAUCAAGUCCAGAAUGAAAUGACUAACCUUUGUCGUCUCCAGGCUUUGAACCAGGGCCUUGGAGAAGGAAUCUUCUACCGUGGUCGAAUCCUCCUUGCGCUCUCUGUGGAGGUUUACUCCUCGCCCUCGGUCAUCGCCACGGACACAAGCUCUUCUCCGCUGGCGUUGAAGGUGAAAGGAACUCUGGGAAGGUUUGGGCUGAAGAAGCCAAGAGGCAGCAAAAAGGAGAAGAAGAAGGAAGCUUCCAGCAGAUUGACUGACGACGCAGGGGAGGCGGGUGUGGAGGUGCCGGAGUCUGUUACCGUGGAGACUGAAGAGAUUCACCCGCUCCCUGAGGGUUUUCUGGGCCAGAGAGAAGACUUUCUCCUGUUCACGUCUCUGUUUGAAGUCACCAUGAUGGAUCCAUCCGUAGGCACCAGACCAAUGACUUUUGAACUCUCAAUAGGAAACCACGGCAAGGUGGUGAAGGUUGGGAGAGCCAAAAAGAGUCAGAGCAGAGAGGAGCUGAGCAGAAGCAGGGAGGAUCUUAGUGAGGAGGGACAAGGUCUUCUGGAGUCCGAGGAAGAGCUGGACAAGGAGGAGGUGCUGAGUCCUGAACCUGACAACAGAUCUUUGUCUCACGCGAUGAGGCCGCAGCCCACUGAGUACGACAGGUCGUUCCAGUACAUCCCCCUCCAGACCCCCGCCGAGAAACAUAAGCCAUGUCUGUUUGUGUGGAGUCAGUUUGAAAACCACAGCUUUCGCCUCUACCAGGUCAACUGGAUCAGCAAGAUGGCUGACAGGCUGGAGAUCGGCCUGGGCGAGGUGGAGCGUCUCCAGAGGAGGCCGAGGAGCAACGUGAAGAAGCGUCUGGUUCACGUCCUGCUGGAGCUGGUCAUCUCCUGCAAACAGUUCCGACUGUUCUCAGAACGCCGCUCGCAGUUUCGUCCCAACAACCUCGACGCACGCAGAAAGGCGUUCAUCAAGAAGAGUUUGGUGGCGGUGGCCAGGCAGGCGGCGAGAGCCAAGCAGAGGAUCACCAGGCGGACGCUCAGACAGCGACUCCUGGACGUCAGGAGACUCUUGGCCAAGCUGCGCCACCUGGCCAAAGAGCCCCAGAACACCAUCCCGGACGCCUUCCUCUGGUUGUUGAGCGGAAGCAAACGAUUGGCCUACGUCAGGAUCCCCGCCCACUCCAUCAUCUUCUCAUUGGUGGAGGACCAGAGUGGGCGGGACUGUGGUCGAGUCACCACACUUUACAUGAAGUCUCCGGGAGGUUCCACGAGUGAGAUCUUUGCCAAGCUGGAGGUCUACCUGUGGCUGGGCCAGGCAAAGUACAGCAAGGAGGCCAUCACCUCGCUCCCAGAAGACUUCCUGCCCGUCUACGAGGAGCCCGGGCAGACGCCGCCGGUCUCCACGGGAACCAGGAGGAAGCUUCCUGUCAGCCUGUCCUGUCAGGACUGCAGGUACUUCCAGCUGCGCUGUCACAUGUACCAAGCACGCGGAUUGUUGGCGGCAGAUGACGACGGCCUGUCAGAUCCCUUCGCCAAGGUGGUCUUCUCCACGCAGUGUCAGCUCACCAAGGUGUCCCCAGACACACUCUCUCCUGCAUGGAGCGAGUGUCUGUUGUUUGAGCGCGUCCUGCUGGAGGGAACCAUGGAGGACCUCCAACAAGACCCUCCCCUGGUCAUCAUCCACGUCUUUGACUACAAUGCCGUGGGGAGUCCCAAGCCUCUCGGCCGAGCGUACGCCGAACCGGAGUUGAAACCGGUGGAGAUGCUGUACCAGAAGCCCCGCCUUGGUUUCUAUGACAUCAGCAUCGGGCGUGCCCCCGCAGGCGAGCUGCUGGCCGCCUUCGAGCUGAUUGAGCUGGACUAUUCUUCCUUUGGAGAGCCCGCCCUGCCGAGCAGCGUGGACCCUCAGGAGCUGACCUACCUGGAAGAGGAGCGUCACUACGACAUACCACCGGGGGUCCGACCCGUCCUGAGGAACUUCCGAAUCGAGGUGCUCUUCUGGGGUCUGCGGGAGCUGAAGCGCGUGCAGCUCUUCGAGGUGGACCGCCCGAUGGUGAGGGUGGAGUGUGCCGGAUGCCAGCUGGAGUCGGAGGAGAUCGAGAGCUUAAGGACGCAUCCCAACUUCAAAGAGCUGGCCCGCUUCCUCAAUGUGAAGCUGCCAGAGCAGACCUACCUCCACCCUCCUCUCACGCUCUUCGUGGUGGAGCGCAGAGCCUUUGGCCGGCAGAUCCUGGUCGGGACGCACGUGGUCCAGUGUCUGAUGGACUACGCCCCGCGGGAGCUUGGGGAGGAGCCAGAUGACGAAGAGGAGGGACCUCCACCAAAAGUGAAGAAGAAGUCUUCAGUGAAGCCCAGUGCCUUGAAAACGCUGAGGAAGUUCUCCCUCAUCAACCUGUCAAUCAAAGAGUCUCUGAUUCCCAACAAGGCCAUCGACCUGAUCAACGCUCCUCUCAAGAAGCUGAGGAGGAAGGAGGAGGAGCUGGAGGAGGAUGUGCCAGAAAACGAGGAACUGGACUGGUGGUCCAAAUACUACACCUCCUUGGAAGAACUGGAGAAGCAGGCUGCGGAGGAACUUCAGAAAAUGGAGGAGGAAGAACAAGCAGAAAGAGAAGGUCAGAAUGAGUCUGCCACCAACAAUGAAGAAGUUGAGGUGGACGCAGUGAUUUUGCAAGUUGACCCGCCAAAGCGCAAGAAGAUUGCCACGCUAAAGUUGUAUGUAGGCCAUCUGGAGUCCGAGUUCAGUCAGUUUCAGGACUGGCUGCAGAUCCUUCCACUAUUUAAAGGCCGUGCAAACGACGAAGAUGCUGACGAUGAUGACGAGGAGAGGCUGAAGGGAAAAUUCAAGGGUUCCUUCCUGGUCUACCCGGUAGAUUCAGACGACGAAGACGACCCCAAGUUACAGAUCACUAAAUGUAUACCCCAAAACUCACCCUUCAGGGUCCUGGUGAGGAUCUACAUCAUCAAGGGCACCAGUCUGGCUCCUGCAGACCCAAAUGGAAAAUCCGACCCGUACCUGGUGGUGGAAAUCGGGAAGCAGACCCAGGACACCAAAAACCGCUACAUCCCUAAACAGCUCAACCCUGUCUUUGGAGAGGUCUUCGAACUGACCGUGUCCUUCCCACUGGAGACAGAGGUGCUCAUCAGGGUGAUGGACCACGACAUCGUGGGCUCUGACGACAUCAUUGGAGAGACGCGGGUCGACCUGGAGAACCGCUUCUACAGUCGCCACCGGGCCAGUUGCGGCCUGGCGCUUUACUAUGACACGGACGGCUACAACAUGUGGCGGGAUGCGAAGAAGCCCUCUGUCAUUUUGUCAGAGCUCUGCAAGAACAACGGCAUCCCGUCUCCAGAGUACAGGCCCAACGAGGUCAAAGUCCUCAACAAGGUCUUCAAGAUCCCAGCAGAUGCCAUACCAGAAGAUCUUCUGAAGAAGAACCAGCGUUCUCCUCAGGAGGAGGAGGAGAUGGAGGAGCAUGCGGCCCUCAGCGUGCUGCAAUGCUGGGGGGAGAUGGGCGAGUUCCUCCCAGGAGCCGUGCCUCUGGUCCCUGAGCACGUGGAGGUCCGAACCCUGCUGAACCCGGACAAACCAGGACUGCCGCAGGGCUAUCUUCACAUGUGGGUGGACAUGUUUCCAACUGAUGUUCCAGCCCCGCCUACUGUCGACAUUAAGCCCCGCCUCCCUUUACAACAUGAGCUGCGUGUCAUCAUCUGGAACACCGACGACGUUGUUCUGGACGACAUCAACCCGUUCACCGGCGUGCCGUCCUCUGACAUCUAUGUGAAAGGAUGGAUUAAAGGACUGGAAGAAGACAAGCAGGAGACUGAUGUCCACUUUAAUUCUCUGACUGGAGAGGGAAACUUUAACUGGAGAUUUGUCUUUCGCUUUGACUACCUGCCCACUGAGAAAGAGGUGGUCUAUAAGAAGAAGGAGUCCUUCUUCUCUCUGGAGGAGUCGGAGUUCAGGCAGCCGGCGGUGCUCACGCUGCAGGUCUGGGACUAUGACCGCAUCUCGGCCAACGACUUCCUGGGCUCCAUCGAGCUGCGCCUCAGCGACAUGGUGCGGCCCGCCAAGUCCUCCGGGAAGUGCACGGUCCAGAUGGCCAAGGACCGGGCGGUCCCGCGGGCCUCCAUAUUUCGCUCCAAGAAGAUGAAGGGCUGGUGGCCGCUGACCCGCCAGAAGACGGCCGAGGACUUUGAGAGGGAGCAAAAGGAGGCGGCCGAGAGGAAGAAGAAGGGAAAGAAGAAGAAGAAGAAGAAGAAGAUAAAGGAGGAAGACGCCCAGUUCACCGACAGCAGCGGACACGUCUACCUGCUUGUGGGUAAGGUGGAGGUGGAGCUCCAGCUGGUGACUCUGGAGCAAGCUGAGGCUAAUCCGGUUGGACGUGGACGCAAAGAACCAGAACCUCUGGACAAACCAAACCGUCCCACCACCAGCUUCACCUGGUUUGUCAACCCCAUGAAGACCUUCAUCUUCCUCAUCUGGAAGAAGUUCAAGAAGUUCAUCCUGACCUUGGUCCUCCUGGCUGUGUUGGCGCUCUUCCUGGGCCUGCUGGUCUACUCGCUGCCUCAGCAGAUCAGCGCCCUCAUCAUCCGAGGAUGAAGAUGCUCUCCAACCAUUCAAGUCCAUUUUUCAUACACUUUGCUGAAGUUUGCACAAACAUAACAAAUAAA